AUGUUCAUCUGUCGCCAUAGAAACCUGACGCGGGGCGUGGGCAGGUUUCGGGAGAUUCUCCGAGCUGUGGAGACCAGAACCACCCAGAACCUUCGAAUGACCAUUGCCCGACAGCUGGCAGAGAUCCUGCUCAGAGGAAUGUGUGAACAGAGUUACUGGUCUCCUGUGGAGGACCCGCCCACAGUGUCACCACUGGACGAUCCCACACGGCAGGGACACACUCUCAGCAAGAACUACAGCCUGAGCCGCCGUCCGCGGCUCUACUCAGGAGAGAAUCUGUUUUGCCCUCAGGAGAACACGGAGGAGGCUCUUCUGCUGCUGCUCAUCAGCGAGUCCAUGGCCAACCGUGACGCGGUCCUGAGCAGGAUCCCCGAACACAACAACGACCGGAUCAUCAGCCUGCAGUCUGCCUCUGUGGUGUACGACCUGCUGACCAUCGCUCUGGGCAGGAGGGGGCAGUACGAGAUGCUGUCAGAGGUGAAUUAA